AUGCUCUAUGGAGUAUUCCGGAACUUUGGAGUGUUGGGCUCGUUGCUCAGAGUUGCACCUAGACAACGGUACUUGCAUAUAUGCAGGGUUUCUGCGAGUCCGUUUCAGGUAAAAAUGCCUUCUUUGUCUCCGACAAUGGAAGAUGGAUCCAUCGCACAAUGGACAAAGAAGGAAGGUGACUCGGUCAGUGUUGGGGACGUUUUGUGUGAGGUUCAGACGGAUAAGGCUGUUGUUGCGCUAGAGAGCGAGGAGGAUGGAAUACUGGCCAAGAUUCUUGUCCCGGAGAAGGUGCCAAACGUAAAAGUCGGCACCUUCAUUGCAGUGAUAGCUACGUCUGAUGAAGAUUGGAAAGAAGUGGCUGCAUCGGCUGCGACACUAUCUGCUACCACACAGCAGCCGAAAGUUUCAGUUUCACCACCAGCGGCUGUUGGAACCGCUCCCAAAGUUUUGCAACCCGAUGUAGCGGCAUUUGCUCCACGCGACCCGUCGCGCAUUGGGCCUGCCGUACGGUUGCUCCUCCAAUCACAUGGAUUGGAUGGAGCUGCAAUACCUGCCUCUGGUCCACAUGGAACCCUUUUAAAAGAAGACGUGCUAUCGUACUUGACAACUCAGCCUUCCGGUCCUCAGACUCCAUCUUCUGCACCAGUCGUAGUUGCUGUUCCUCCUGGUUCAACUCCGGCGCUUUUCACUGAUAUUCCGUUGACCAAUAUGCGUAUGACGAUUGCAAAGCGCCUGACACAAUCCAAAACGACCAUCCCUCAUGGUUUCGUUCGGUCUGUUGCCUCGCUGGAUAAAAUAAUGGAUAUGAGAAAACAAAUGAAGGACCGAGCAGGACUGAAGAUUUCAGUCAAUGACAUGAUUAUCAAGGCGACUGCCCUCGGUCUAAGGCUCGUGCCUGAGCUAAACGCUAUUGCUGAUCCCGCAAACAAUAGCUGUAGGACACAAUCGUCUGUGGACAUUUGCAUGGCGGUAGCUACACCAGCCGGACUGAUCACACCAAUUCUACAAAACGUCGACCGAACACCAGUAACGCAGCUCUCUGUUAUGGCCACAAACCUCGCCAAGAGAGCACGUGAUGGCAAACUUCAGUUGCAUGAAUUUCAGGGUGGAUCGUUCACAAUCUCCAACUUGGGGAUGUUUGGCAUCCGUGAAUUCACUGCAAUUAUCAACCCCCCGCAAGUGGCAAUUAUGGCGGUCGGAUCGGGAUUUCCUAAACCGGUCGACACGUCACCAACACUACCGAACAAGGUGCUGUUUAGCAAUCAGAUGUCAAUGACUCUAUCGAUCGAUUCACGUUUUGUCGAUCAGUCCGCGGCGGGACGGUUCUUAUCGUACGUGAGCCGACUCCUGAGCGAACAUCCGGAACUACUACUGGCAGAUGAUCCGGUAGCUACGGCCGCUUUGAGAACAGGCAGUGGGAAUGUCUUUGACGAGUUUGAUAUGCUGCUCCUGUCCUUGAGCACCGAAACUACGGUACGCGCAGCAUCGGCUCCCUGAAUUUGCCUCCUCCAAACAGUACUGCUUUUACUUCUCAUACAUGGGUUGAUGGGAUUGCUUUCAGCAUUCCCCAGUUCAUGUCUGCAUACCUUCACACUGGAUUGGUAACCAGAUACAUUGUCACUUCAAUAUUAGUUAUUUGUAGUCGUU